AAAUAAAACGAUUCCCAAAAUAAGUAGAGAAACCACAGCUUUCUCUUGUCUUUCAAGCCUUUUCAAACUCUCUCUCUCUCUCUCUCUCUCUCUCUCUCUCUCUCUCUCUCUCAUAUUUCCUUAAAACAAAUGGGUGGAGAGGAUGUAGAUAAAGAGGUGUGGCCACCAUGGUUGAAUUCUCUUCUUCGCACUACCUUCUUCGUCCCAUGUAAAUUCCACGGCGAUUCCACAAAGAACGAAUGCAAUAUGUAUUGCUUGGAUUGCAUGAACGGCCCCCUUUGUUCUUCUUGCCUUGUUUCACACACCAAUCAUCACGCAAUUCAGAUAAGGCGAUCGUCUUACCACGACGUGAUUCGGGUGUCAGAAAUUCAGAGGGUUUUGGACAUUUCAGGUGUCCAAACGUAUGUAAUCAACAGCGCAAAGGUUGUUUUCUUGAACGAACGACCCCAGCCUCGGCCCGGAAAGGGCGUAACCAACAUGUGCAAGGUCUGCGACCGAAGCCUGCUCGAUACAUUUGCAUUCUGUUCUUUGGGUUGUAAGUUGGCCGGAUGUGCAUCAUCUCUGUCGAAACGCCGACGGAAGUCAAUGCCGACACAAUCUAUCUCCGGAAUGGACGACUCAAUAUCAAAUUUCCAAAGGAAUGGCGAUAGGAAUUCCACAUCAAAUAUCUCUGACCACCCAUAUGAUGAGGACUCCAUAUUGCUAGACAGCAUUUCGCCGCCUACGCCACCACCGACCGGCGUCAAUUACAGAACAGCGAAUCGAAGAAAAGGAAUACCACACAGAGCUCCGAUGGGAAUCUGCUGAGAAAUAGAAUUAAUCCAGAGGUUCAAAUAAAGAUCUACAGCUUUUAGGAAAAAAAAAAACCUUUAAAGGAUUGGUAAGAUGUGGGCCCCAUUUUAAGUGGGCACCCAGUGGAAAUUAUAAACGGCUGUUAUUAAAUCAUAUGAUACAUUGUUACUUCCUUCUGUGCUAGCUGGAUAGGUGAUGAUUUGAAGAGUGGGUC